AUGGAUGCACGGGCGAGCUCCCCUAUGUACCACUAUCUGGGCGCUCGGGAGCGGGCAAAUCUUGCGCAGUACAAGUACUCGAGCGGUGGCACAUCGCUGCUGACGAGAUAUGUGCUUGCUCCAUAUUGGAACUGGCUCGUGACGCUAGUCCCACUGUCGAUCGCGCCCAACAUGCUUACACUGAGCGGUCUGCUGCUCGUGUUUGUCAACUUUAUCAUGUUGCUGGCUGCCGACGGGCACUUGGACGCUGCCACACGCAUGCGCGCGCAUGUGAUGGAGCACGAUGGAAUUCUGCCGACGGUGCCGCUGCUGCCUGAGGGCGGUCUGCCCAAGGCGCUGCAAAGCGUGCAGCCAUCGACAGCGUCGGCGGUGCCUGUGUGGAUGCUCUGGGUGUGGUCAGCGUGCCUGUUCAUGUACCAGAGCCUUGAUGCUAUCGAUGGAAAGCAGGCGCGCCGCACAAACAUGUCCGGCCCACUGGGCGAGCUCUUCGACCACGGCUGCGACGCACUGAACACGACCCUCGAAUCGGUGCUGGUGUGUGCGGCGAUGGGCCUAGGGCGCUCGUACUGGACACUCAUUGGUCUCACGUCGGCCAUGACCAACUUUUUCCUGACGACGUGGGAAGAGUAUCACACGCACACGCUCUUCCUCUCGUCCUUUUCAGGCCCUGUGGAAGGCAUCGUGCUCAUUUGCGCAUUGUACCUGCUGCUAGUCGCACUGGGGCCCGUGAUUUGUGUACAGGGCUUUCUUAAUGUGACAGGUCUUGCGCACAUUGCGUGGGUGCGUGAGAACCUCGCGUUUGCGAAUGUGCCUUUGGGAGACUUGUUCAUGCUGUUCUCGUGCCUGGGCCUGCUGCUGAAUGCUUGGACGGGCUACGAGCAUGUGUACCGCCGAUGCGUUGAAGAGAAGCGUUCAGCAUUAAUGCCGCUCGUGGGCAUUGUUCCGUUUGCUGUGCAGACUGUGGCGAAUAUGGCGUGGGCGAUGGGCCACGGUGCGCAGGUCAUGGUGCAUGGUUCUGUCUUUGUGCCGUUCCUCCUGUUCUGGGGCCUUAGCUUUGCCUACCUGGUCGGCCUGGUCAUUCUUGCGCACGUGUGCCAUACGCCAUACCCCUACUGGAACGUGCUGCUUCUGCCGAGCCUGGUGCUUGCUGUGGACGCACACUUGCCGCAGCCGGUGCUGCAGGGCUCGCUCUCUGCGCUGACGAACGCUGUGUAUGGCAGCUUGGCGCUGUCGUUUGCAGUGUACGCGUACUUUGUGUACGACGUCGUUACACUUAUUUGCAAAGAGAGUACGUAUAUAAUACUGACGGCAGCCGGUAAGCCAUGUCUCCGUGUUGUGCACGCACAUCGCGAGUAG